AUGACUAAGAAGAGAAGCUGGAAGAACAACGAGACUGUGAUACUAACAGAAGAAUGUAGUGCUAUCAUUCAAUAUAAACUGCCCCAGAAAUUGAAAAAUCCUGGGAGCUUCCAGAUCCCUUGUAUUAUAGGGAAAAUCACAGUAGAGAAGGGUCUAUGUGACUUAGGAGCUAGCAUCAACUUGAUGUCAGUAGCUAUGAUGAGGAAGAUGAAGAUCGAGGAGGCUAAACCAACAAAAAUGGCCUUACAACUGGCAGACCGAUCGUUCAAGUUCCUUCAUGGCGUAGUAGAAGAUUUGCUGGUGAAAGUGGGAGAUUUCAUAUUCCCGGCAGAUUUUGUAUUGCUGGACAUGCAAGAGGAAGCCAAGGCCUCCAUCAUCCUGGGAAGGCCAUUCUUAGCCACUACUGGAGUUGUCAUUGAUGUCCAAAAGGGUGAUCUCAACCUAAGAUUACACAAUGAAAAGAUGACAAUCAAUGUGCUCAAGGCCAUGAGUUACCCACCAGAAUAA